UUGCUGGAGGGCUUCUUGGAAGUUGUUCUCCUUAUUUCUACUACUACACUUUCAUUCUUGUUCUGGCCGAUUGAAGGUUGUUGCUGCCGGGAAAUCUAACAUGGCAGAAAUGCUUAUUUCAGGAGUUGUCCAAAAACUUGCUGAUAUAGCAGGUAAUCUAAUAGCAAAAGAAGGCUCUCGCUUGUCUGAGUUGGAAGAAAACAUUAAUUGGUUUGGAGAUGAGAUGAGGUCUAUUAAAACUUUCUUGGAAAAAGCUGAUGCAGUAGAGUCAGAAAUAGGAGGAUUGGCUGACUUCAUCAGGAGCACUUGCGAUCUUGCUUAUGAUUUGGAGGAUAUCAUGCAAGAGUACUUCCCUAAGCUAUCACCACCUAGAAGGAAUGGCUGGAAGGGGCGUCUUGGUUGGUUUUUGAAAGCCAAAACUGUUCGUGACUUUGCGGUGGAGAUUGAAAAAAUAAAACGAAGGGCGGUGGAUAUCAAUCGCAGGAGACAGACUUAUCAAGUCCCAGAUGCAAGUGGCCCUACUGGAAGAGAGGUAUGGGAUCCAAGAAGAACUUUUCCUCACACUGACGAAGUAAAUGUUGUUGGUAUGGACGAACACGUUGAGGAAUUGGUGGCCAAAGUGUCGGAUCAAGAUUUAGAGCAUCGAGCGAUCUCAAUUACAGGCAUGGCCGGUAUAGGCAAGACAACACUGGCCAGAAAGCUAUAUAAUUCUGUUCGACCAAAUUUUGUAUAUUCAGCUUGGAUUUAUGUCUCUCGACGACCAAACCCAAAUGAACUUUUACAUAAUAUAGCAAAGCAAGUUGGCUUGACCAACGAGGAGCGCAAACAGGACUUGGAGGGUAAUUUGUUUCGCCGUUUAAGCCUAAAAAGGUAUGUGAUAGUAAUUGAUGAUAUAUGGCAGAUUGAACCAUGGUAUGCUUUAAAAAAUGGCAUUCCUGUUAAUUCCAUGAAUGGCAGUAGAAUAAUCAUCACUUCCCGAUCCAAAGAUAUAUGUGUACGAAUUGGUAGGCAAAUUUUUUUACAUGAAUUGCAACCCUUAGACGAAGAAAAGAGUAGAGAGCUCUUCUUCAAAAUGGUUAUGGCUGCCCCACAAGACAAUGAUGAAGAUGGUGAUCCCUCAAAAUUGGAAAACAUUGGUGAGAAAAUACUAAAGAAAUGUGGCGGUGUGCCGCUUGCGAUAGUAGUUAUAGCAGGCGUCUUGUUAUCAAGACAGAGAAGCAUACAUGCAUGGAAAGGGGUAUUAGAGAGUAUAGGUACAGGUGAAGACCAAUGUUUAAAGAUCUUUGCUUUGAGCUACAAGGAUUUACCUUUAAUGUUGAAACCAUGUUUUUUAUACUUUGGUCUAUUUCCAGAGGAUCACGAAAUUUCCACAUUCAUACUAAUCAAUUUAUGGGCAGCUGAAGGAUUUAUACAUGGCAGUGGAGUAAGGGCGGUUGAGGAUGUGGGGCAAGAUUACCUAAAUCAAUUAGUUGGUAGAAACCUAAUUCAAGUUGUCAAGAGGAGAUUUGACGGGACAGUUAGACUUUGUCGUAUUCAUGAUAACUUGCACGACCUUUGCAUUAGCAAGGCUAGGGAGAUGAACUUUCUUAACACCCUCAAUAAUUUAGCCACUAGUGCCGUUUGCCUUGCACCACGCAGAGUCACUACCUCUUUUCAAAGUGAUGCUCGCAACUACGUAUCUUCAAAUCAUCAAACUCCAAAGCUUCGGUCUUUGUUAUGUUUUGAUGAUUUUACAACGAUGGAUUUCCAGUAUGUUGAACUUCCUCUUAGAAAGUUCAAAUCUCUUCGAGUGCUAAUUUUAAUGGACUUAAGUAGGCUGAGGGCUCCUAUGAAUGAAAUUGUGAACUUAAAACACCUCUAUCACCUUCAAUUGGGAGGGUUCUGUGAUAUCGAGCUUCCUUACGCCAUAAACAAUUUGAAAAAUUUGCUGACCUUGGAUCUACGGCUAUUCCACACAGUCAUCCUCCCUGAGGUCAUCUGGAAAAUGAAGCAACUAAGACAUAUUCGAUUACCUUAUAACUGUAGGGCUCCAUCAGUCCGUGGGUUCCACUUGGAUUGCCAUAGGUUCAAUCCAUUUGAAGUUUCUUUACCAAACCUGCAGACCCUCCUUGGAUUGCCUGUCGAAGUUUUUGAGGCCAAUUGGUUGCACAAACUUGAUAGUUUGAGAAGACUGGAAGUCUGUUUUAUAACUAAGCAUAUCAUUGAGGUAUUGUCAAGUGCAAACUCCUUGUCACAGAACCUAGAAGAAUUGGGAAUAUUAUCGCCAGACGAUAUGAAUUCUGCCUUGGAUCUGUCUAGAUAUGUAAGCCUUUGUAAGUUACACAUGAACGGCCGGGGCAUAGUGGAUUUUACACGACAUGAUAUACUGCCAACAUGCCUCACAGAGCUUGUCCUUGAGCAAACUUUGCUGGAAAUGGACCCAAUGGUGACUUUGAAGAAACUACCUAGACUUAAGAUCCUUAUACUUGGACUUAAUUCAUACUUUGGGAAGAUGGUAUGCUCUGGAGAAGCUGAUGGCUUUCCUCAACUCAAAGUAUUGAAAAUUGAUGCAACGCAUCUGGAGGAGUUUGUAGCUGAGGAAGGAGCAAUGCCCAAACUCAAGGACCUUACCUUCACUGGCCGCAUACCGAGAAUGAGAGUUCCAUAUAAAAUCAGAAAUAUAAUCAAGAUUUACACAGAAAUAUCAGGGAGUACGAACUUGCAUUGCUGCUUUACCAAGGGUGCACCCAUACACUCCGACUUUGAAAGAGGUGGCCGCAAAAAUGAAUAUUCAAAUGUCCAGAUGGAGAUUGUAGCAGAUAUGAGGAUGAAUGAAGCAUGAAAUGACAUUUAACAAAGUGCCUGAUGAAUUGAAUGAUGAAUGAAUGUAUGAUAUGUAGCCCAUGUAUUUAAGUUCUGCUACUUUGAAAUCUGAAUGUUUUUCCAUGAUGUAAGAUAUGAUUUAUGAUUGAACAUUUUGAGGAGUGAUGAUGUAUAUCCUUAUUUAUGGUUAAUGAUGAUAUAAGAAUUGAUUUAUGAUCAAUGUUAAAAUGUAAGGUUCGAUUCUAACUUCUGCAAUUUGAUGUGUAUAAUGAUUCUUUUCCAAGAUAAAUGAUUGGAAAUUCUGGGAUAGAUAUGAGGUAUGGUCUAAUUUAGCAUUAGUUUUUGAAAAAAAAAAUUUAUUGUCCCAAGUUAUAACGCACCUGGGAAAGCGGGGCGUUACAAAUUCCAUUUCAUACAGUCAUUAAACUUUCUUUUAGCACAAACCCUAUUAUUGAUGUUAACAUUUCCAACCUAGACUCAAUAAACUCGAGAACCAACCCGCACCCAUACAUUAUCUUCUUGCAAGACGCCACAAAAUCUUGCAUAUAUCUGAACUUAGCCAAGAAAGCAUCAUUCCCAAUGGAUAAUAGGGUGAAGCAAACCCUAUUUUCAUGCUGAAAGAGGGAUUAUAACAAAGCCAAGAACAGAAAAUAAACUCAUGGUUCAUUAUAAUACUUCUUCAUAAAAGAGAGGGAAAGGAAGCUUGCAAAAAGGAAAGUAAAAGGAGUAAGAGCUUACAGUACUUAACAUAAAGGAAAUGAGAGAAAACUUGCAAAAGGAAAGCAAAGGAGUGGGAGCUUGCCUUAAACUCUUCGACUUCUUCCUUGUUCCCUGCGGUUUGUUGUGACUUCCUUUUCUUCAAAUUUCCAACCACCAACGCAGAGGCUUCUUCUUCAAUUUCCAGCAAUUGCCCAAGCUUCUUCUUCCCUUUCUUUUCUUCUUCUUCUUUUGAUCUCUUAUCUAGCCGAGCCUUCAUCUUUCUUUUAUAUAGUUGCCAAACCCUCACGGUUGCAGCCUCAUCAUUCUUCAUCAUCUCACGUACCAUACCUCACCAUCACGCAUACCCUACCACACCAUAUCUCCACCAUCUCUGUAA